GCGACUCCUCUUUCCGUCGGGCAGUCAGAGUGCCGGACCAGCUUCCGGCAGCGUGUGCCGCUUGAGCCCCGCGGCUUCCGGCCGGCUGUGAGUCUUCGCCGGGAAGAUGGGGAAAGUGAGGAGCCUGAGGGCCCGGGUGCACCAGGUUGCCGUGAGGCCCACGGGGGAGGCAGCGCCCGCCCCCCAGCCCCCCGCCCGGGACGUAGCCCCUCUGCAGGCCUCGAUUGGUGGAAUCGCGGGGAAGGAGUUGGCUUGCGUGAACGCUAAUGUGUUUGCUGGGACCACGAUAGAACCCAGUGCCUUGGUGCAGAAGCUGGAUGUGGAGACAAGGAGCGUCACCUCUGUCAGGAGAGGUGCUGAGGCCAAGACUGUUCUGCCCAAGAAGGAGAAGCUGAAGCUGAGGCGCGAGCGGUGGCUUCAGAAGAUUGAAGCCAUAAAGCUGGCGGAGCAGAAACGCAAGGCAGAGCGGAGGCGGAGGGCUACGGUGGUGGUGGGGGACCUGCAGCCCCUGAGGGAUGCCCUCCCUGAGCUGCUGGAGCUGGAGGCUGGCAGCCGGCGGCCCCCCACCCGACGCAGGGUAGCCAGCAGGCCCCGGCCCGCCGAGCUGAGCCGGAUGAGCGCCGUGCAGAGGCUCCAGCUCCUCGAGGAGGAACGGACGCGGUUUCAGGAGCUGCUGGCCAGUCCGGCCUAUAGAGCCAGCCCUCUGCUGGCCAUCGGGCGGCAGUUGGCCGAACAGAUGCAGCUGGAGGGUGGUGGGCAGCCCUGAGCCCGCGGGGCGUGUGAGAGCUGAGGACACCCACGAGGAGGUGCCCAGGGCUGACUUGGCCCUUGUCCCCAGGGAUGCCAGCUGCUUCCUCCGCGACACGGCUAUUGUGCUUGUCACAGACGGGAGACAGGCAGUUGACACGGGAGUAUUAUGAUGACACAUUUAUUUUUGCAAUAAAAACAGUGCU